ACACGCCCGCAUGCGAACAUCCAAGAGUUACAGAAAGGGACCUAGAAGUAGUUGCAUCUAUUUUUGAUGUGCUACGACCAUCGUUUGUCUACUCCUCCUCGUCCUAGAUGAUAAACGGACAGAACACUUGGGAUUUGGGCUCACAGAAUGAGUGCCAUCGCCACCGAGGACCAGGACAUGUUCUGUGAGAAGGCAGUGGCCCUCAUCGUUGACCUCUGCCUGGAUGACAGCCCUCUCCUGAACCUGGAAACCUGUCAGGAUUUCCUCAUGCUUCUGACCAAUGAAAACCCCAACAUCUCCAGCACAGACAUUUCCUUCAGUCUCCUGCUGCUUGUAUUUGUGGUGUGUGGUUUGGCCCUGCUGGGUGUCAUCAGCGUCGCCACCUGGAAGCUGUGCUGGGUGCCCUGGCGCAGCAAAGUGCUUUCCUCUAGCGCCACCGCCCUUGCCCCCACCCGGCCAGAGAGAGGCCAACACAGAGAAGAAGGUCACGGUGACUACUACCCAACCCUCAGAGACAUUAUGGCAGCAGACAAGCUGAAGGAUCCUGGGAACUUUCUGGAGGCGGCAGUGAAGAUUAGUCAUACGUCGCCAGAUAUCCCUGCAGACGUGCAGCUGUCCAUGAAGGAUCAUCUGCUGAGACGUACGCGUAUCUCACGGCAAACAACCGAACCGGCCUCCUCUAACAGGCACAGUUCCUUCAAAAAACACCUUCCCAGGCAGAUGCACCAUGUCACCAGUCUGGACCGCGGAAGUGAAUUUUUAGACGUGGAGGACCUUCCCACCUGCACCGCUGCUUCUCUUGGCCGCAUCCAACCAGAACUUUACAAACAGAGCACGAUGGAGGCUGAGGAGUCAUCUAAGAACGGCUCUGCCAAAACAUGCGGCAAGAUCAACUUCUCCCUAAAGUACGAUUACGAGGGAGAGCUCCUCCUCGUCACCAUCCUCAAGGCAUUGGACCUACCCGCGAAGGAUUUGUGCGGCAGCUCCGAUCCUUACGUCAAGAUUUACCUGCUCCCUGACCGCAAGCGUAAAUUCCAAACUCGUGUGCACCGCAAGACGCUCAACCCCACGUUUGACGAGACCUUUCAGUUUCCGGUCCAAUAUGAGGAGCUGGGGUCCAGAAAGCUCCACUUGAGCGUCUUUGACUUUGACCGCUUCUCGCGGCAUGACAUGAUUGGCGAGGUGAUACUGGAAAACCUUUUUGAAGUUUCAGACCUGUCCCGGGAGACAUCUAUCUGGAAGGACAUCCAGUAUGCCACUAGCGAGAGUGUGGAUUUGGGAGAGAUAAUGUUCUCUCUCUGCUACUUGCCAACUGCAGGGAGACUCACACUUACUGUCAUCAAAUGUAGGAACCUCAAAGCCAUGGAUAUUACCGGUUAUUCAGAUCCGUACGUGAAGGUGUCACUGAUUUGUGACGGGAGACGCUUGAAAAAGAAGAAAACUUCCAUAAAAAAGAACACACUGAAUCCAACCUAUAAUGAGGCGAUUAUCUUUGACAUUCCCCCAGAGAAUAUGGAUCAAGUCAGCCUACAUAUAUCAGUUAUGGACUAUGAUCUAGUGGGACACAAUGAGAUCAUUGGAGUCUGUCGUGUAGGGAUCCAUGCCGAGGGGCUUGGGAGAGACCACUGGAAUGAGAUGCUUGCUUACCCUCGAAAACCUAUCGCUCACUGGCACCCGCUCGUAGAGCCCAAGAAGUCUGAGAAGGAGUGGAAGACUCGUACCGCAAGCUUUGACAGUCAGGGCUCAUGCCCAUCUCCUAGACUCCCCUCCAGUCCAUAAGGAAGGGAUGACCUCUCUCUACGUCUUUAAGCCAAGUAUCUCCCAGGGACUGAUGGUGAGAUCCAAGAUAUGUCCUUGGACAAUGUGUGACGCAGCUUCUGUCUGUGCGGACAUGUAUGAUGGAGCAAGAAAAAAGAGGGUGCUCUUCAAACCUUUCCAAGUGCAAGUAAGCCUAGCCAAGUUUUAGCUUUUUUGCGUUUGGAUUGAAUUGUUGCUUUCUUACAUUGGGUAAAUUCACAAGCCACUACCCGAAGAGGUUGAACGAUACACUUCGAGAUGAAUUUAAGCAACUCAGAAGAGUAAAAGGGUGUAUUUGUUGAUGAAUAUUGUAUAAUUGGUAGAUGUAUAUUAUAUUUUAAUUGACAUUAUAAUAGUACGAAGAUAUAGUUUAUUAUAUAUUUAGCCUUAACCUCCUUCUCGUUCUCUUUUGUCUUCUUUGAAUAUAAAAUAAAUGUGUUAAGAGAUUUUUAUUAUUGAAGAGAUAUGUGAAGUCCUCAAUAUGUUCAGCCUAUUGAGAUAUAUUAGCCAAACUGUAUAUUAUUUACAGAGCAGAGAUAUUCCAUUGAUCUUCCUUUUGUUUGUGAAGUAGUGAAACUGUUCUGCCACCAAAAAUGCCAAUGCCAAGAAUAAUUUAUAUCCUGUCUUCAAAUAUCUCACCAUCGGUGUAAAGUGUAGAGUUUUUGCUUUGUCCGUAUUUAAACAUUUUUGCUGAAACAAGUUGCUGAUCGUUCUAUGAGUAGUUAUUAUCAUUUGUCAUAAUUUUCUUUGAUCAAGUUGAGUUCAGUUAAAUGCAUCCAUGCACAGCUACAUCCAUAACGUACAGCUGGCUAAAAUCAUCAUAAUUUCACCACGCAGUUAUUGUAGCUUCCAAAGUAAAACCAUAGGGUUGUGUGUCAGAUCUAAAGGACGCAAAAAAUCCUUGGCUUUCUAACAAGACUUGAAAUAAUAUCAUUAUGUAAAUUAGAAGUACUGUUUUACAAAGACCAAUUUUGUAUUUUACAUAAAACGUGAUAAAUGUUUACUGUUCUGUAUUUUUCCUGUUACCUUUGAGGUGUUUUCUCUUCAGAUAACAUGAUGUAUUUUAUUGGCUGGCCUGGCUGGAACUCAUUGUAUCAAUAAUCACUGGAAUUGGUGUUUCUGUAUGAAAUGCCUGAUUCAGAGCCACUUUUCAAUUUUAUAUUGAGACUUUGUAUUUGUAAUGUACAGUUACUGUUUCAGAACAUCCCCUUGUACUUGAAAGGUGUGAUUAAAUUUCCUCGCUUCUA